AUGAGUAUAACGUUCAACAACCCUUCCAAGUCUACCAAAACAGUCAAUAAACUACUGGCCAAGGUAUUACCAGGUCAAUCAUCUUCAAAUAUAAUAAAAUCUUCUUCAUCUUCAACUUCACAACAAUUAACUUCACAUCAACAAAAUCAUAAAAUAGAUCCCUACAAAGUACAAAAACAAGAUAAGAAACAAAAAAGACAAGCUAUCAAGAUAAUAAAUGAAAAAAGAGCAAAAUUAUUAAAUGAAGCAAAAGCUAAAAUUUUGGAAGAUCAUUUAAAUCAAGGUACUCUCUCUAAAGAAGAAAAAUUAGAAUUAAAAUUAAAAAUUAAAAAAAAUGUAACAAAUUUACAAAGUUGGUCAUUAGAACAAGAAGAUGAUUUAAAAGAAAUUCAAGAUCAAAUCCUAAGUAUGAAGAAUAAAAGUAAGAAGAAAAUUAUUAAUAAAAAAUCAAAAUCAAAUCAAAAUGAUAUUUAUGAUAAAAAAACUAUUCAAAGAUAUCCUGGUUUAACUCCUGGUUUAGCUCCUGUUGAUAUGGAUGAUAGUGAAGAAGAAAGUGAUUAG